UCGUUCCAACUGGUCAUUAUUGCAAAACCAUCAGGAAUAAGCGAAACUUGAAGGAAACACAAGAUGCGGUCCAUUCAAUAUUUGGCCCUUUUGCUAAUCCUAUCGUUGGCAAUCAACCACGUUUACGGCGCUCCUGGAAAGAAGGCAGGAUCGGAAGAAGAAGGUGGCGAAGGAGGUGAAGGUGGUGGCGAGGAAGAAGAAGAAGGUGGUGAAGAAGGUGAGGGAGGCGAGGAAGGUGAUCCCGAACAAGAGCGAAAACAGCUGGCCGGGGAGCUCAUCCGCAUCGAAAGGAAACUGGAUCAGGACAUUGAGAAGAACGACCACUACGACAUCAGGUAUGCUUUGGUCAAUUUGGAAACGAGGAUCAGGCCCAGGGUGGCCAGGCUCUCCAAGGACAUUGACGCUACCCUCACCAACCCGGACCAAAAGGCAGGCGAAGAAAAGUUCCAAAGAGGACUUUUAGAAGAUAUUACUCGCAUCCUCUUUAAAGCAGGCGCUCGAUCUUGUCUGUCUCCCCAUGAAACGUACUACGUGCCGUCAAAGAAGUGCAUGAAAUUCGGUCCUAAUGCACGUGUCAAUCCCUGUACUGAUAAGAAAGAUCAGGUCCUCUACGACGGCAAGAAUAACGAAGGAGUCUGCGAUUGCAUCGAAGACGAAAGACAUCUCAUUUACUACGAUGGCGAAUGUUAUCAGCAAAAUUUUCAGGGCCCUUGUCUGAAGAAUUUCUGGUUGGUCAUGCACAACGGAACAACCGCAUGUGAGCCCAUUCCAGCCAAUUGCGUCGCUGAUGGCCAGCACGUGAAUUGGAGCCCCAAUCCGGAAGCAGUUCCAGCUGAUUGUCACCAAUUGGGAAAACGCGGUCCUUGCAGUAUCGAUCAGGUUGUUUCACGCGAUGCGGCCGGUAUCAUUAGCUGUGUCGUGUCGAAAGAGCCAAUCGCAGUAAAGGCGGUUGCGGCCAAAAUUGCCAAGGUAGCCGGACGUAACAGUACCGCUACCCGGAACGCCAAACCCAAUUCCGAUUUGGCUGCUAAUUUGAACAGCAAUUCAACCACUGCGGCUGUUGAAGCGACUAGUGUGCCAGUGCCACAAAAGAAGAAGGAGUUCAAGAAAGCAACUGCGUCGAUCGUAGAAGAGAAACCCUCUUCCAUGUGGGAUCAACAGACUUGUUCCCUCGGAAGUUACAGGAAGCAAAGUGGCAAAUGCCCACCAUAUUAAACAAAUCAAUCCUAUGAAAAAUGCAAAAAAAAAAGAGUGUUAGUUAACGUGUCAAUUGACUCGACAGCAAUUUAAAUUUUCAAUGUUAAAAUGUGUACAGCUUUUAAUUCGUGUUUUCCUUCUGGACUGGAAUACAUCUAGAAAUGAAAUCAA